AUGAUUCGUCGCAUUGUGUUGCUGGACACGAACAUCGAGCUUGUUGAAUGUUGGAAACGUAGUUUAGGCGAUUUGAAGUGUGUAAAGAUAAGUACAGAUACUUUAGAUAGUAUUGAUCUUAGUUCGAUGGGAGUGAGUGAGACGAAGAAAGCCGCAAUUGUUUCUCCUGGAAACUCAUUUGGAUGGCUCGGCGGUGGGUUUGAUUUGGCAUUGAAGGUGUUCUUCGGAGGACCACAAUUCGAGUCAUUCUUUAGACAUCAGCUUCGAAUGGGAUCAUCAGCAGGCUACAAACCAGUGCAAACGACCACCGUGGUGGAAUUGGGCACUGAAUGGAGUAGAAACGGGAUUUCCCGCGUAAUCCAUGCUCCAACAAUGGUAGCACCUUCGCGUAAAAUAUAUGAUGCGACCAGACCCGUGGAAACCGGAUACAGCCUCGUAUUCAACACGCUGUGGAACGUUUUUCUGCACGCACCCCAGGAUACGCACGUUCUGGUGGUUCCGGGUCUGGCAACAGGGUACGCCGGAGUUCCCGUAGAGGUGUGUAGCAAAGCCAUGGCGCUCGCAAUCAGAUUGUUUCUGGCAUCAGAAGCAAUGUCGCAAGAACUCAAAAAUGUCGUGAUUAUGCAGUUUCUUGGGUACAGAUACGACGCUUUUGUCUUCGACGGAUGUGCAAAAGAAUGCGAAGAGUUGGGUAUCAAUUUUUCCCAGUUGCUCGCAUACGAUGCACGCACUGAUCCAAUCUCACACCUUUUGCCUCAUCUCCCUGCCACCUCUCCUAAUGCUCAGGUUUCCGCGACGCGAUUACCAGAAUAA